AUUCCGAUUAACCAAACGAACUCGCUUCUCCCUGGAAAACAACGGAGUCGCUCGACCCGAUCCCCAAAUCCCGGGCACAUCUCAUGGCGGCGAGCCUGUGGCGAGCGGUGAUGGGCGCCGGCGCCCCGUCCGCGGACGCGGACACAACGGGCGGCGUGGAGUUCUGGCGCGCCCCUGAGCGCGUGGGGUGGCUGGACAAACAGGGCGAGUACAUCAAGACGUGGCGGCGGCGGUGGUUCGUGCUCAAGCAGGGGAAGCUCUUCUGGUUCAAGGACUCGACCGUCACCCGCGCGUCGGUUCCCCGCGGCGUCAUCCCCGUCGCCACCUGCCUCACUGCCAAGGGCGCCGACGACGUGCUCAACCGCAAGUUCGCCUUCGAACUCUCCACCCAGCGGGAGACCAUGUACUUCGUCGCCGACUCCGAGAAGGAGAAGGAGGAGUGGAUCAACUCCAUCGGCCGCUCCAUCGUCCAGCACUCCCUCUCUGCCACCGACGACGAGAUCCUUGACUACGAUAGCGGCCGCCCCACAACCGGCGACAAAUCAUAGAUUUGUCGAUUGAUUGGUGAGCAAAAAGGAUCGCUGACCCCUGUAAUUCUACAUUUAUGCAGCAUCUUUGUCCAAUUUAUUUAGGUUUACACUUCCAAGGAUAUGAUUAGUGCACCUGUAUUUUAGUGAUGCGAUGGUUAUUGGGGAACAAUUUUUGAUAUUGGUGUAUAGCGUGCUGUUUGAUAAUAUGGAUCGGCUUUCUUGUAACUUUCUCCACUAUUAUCUGUUUUUUUUUUGGCCAAUUGACAUGUGUGCUGUGUUUGGAUAUUGGCAUUCUUAUAUGAAAAGCUUCAAGUGUAUAUUUAAGUUUUA